AUGAACAAUAAUCCUGGUCAUGAUAUAAAUCUCCAAGCCCUUGAUCGCCCAAAUGAUAGGUGGAGUAUAUGCCGCGCGCAAGACGAAGAGGGAAUUCGGUUAUACAAUACCUUGGUACAGCAAUGGAACGACUGGGCUAAAGAAGACGCGGCCGAGCAAGAGGAAAACUGGUUUGAUCUGGCCUAUCGAUUGGGAAACCGCCCGGCCCAUCGACGAGCUGCUUUUGCCAGAAGUGUUGAGAAUAGGGCCCGGAACCAAGGAGGAGGGCGUGCCACAGUGUGCUGGGGACAUUGUAUCCUCGCCCGCUGGUUUUACCGAAAUCUGAGGGAAGACUUCGAGCGACAGGGAAAUCCUACAUUGAACCAAUUACAGCAGUGGUACCCAAGAUCCGAUAUCAUGGGAAAUCUUCGUUAUAAUGAAGACGGUCCCUCCUUUCCGACGAUCGGCGGCGGGGAUCCAACUCCCGUCCGAGGUAACCCAGGUCAGGGACCCGAAGAAGACUCAGGGCCUCAAGCUUAA